UCACUUCUCACAUCCUCCUCCUCUUCGUCCUCCCCCACUCUCUCCCUCUAUCCUAAAUUUUAUCUUUAAAUUAUCUCUUUACUCUAAAUAAUUAAUUCCAUAAAGUAGAUAAAUAUAUAUAUUUGUUAUUAAUAAUUAAAAAAACAGCGCAAUCAUGCUUUCCAGGGACACUAGCCGUACCGUCGUCGGUAUCAUCGGUAACGUGAUUGCGAUCAUCCUCUUCUUGUCACCCAUGCCAACAUUCGUGACGAUAUGGAAGAAGAAGUCGGUGGAGCAGUUCUCGGCGGUGCCGUACCUGGCGACGUUCGUAAACUGCGCGCUGUGGGUGCUGUACGGGCUGCCGAUGGUUCACCCCCACAGCCAGCUGGUGGUGACCACCAACGGCAUCGGCCUGGCCAUCGAGAUCGUCUACCUCCUCCUCUUCCUCGUCUUCUCGGACUCCAAGAAACGCCUCAGGCUGCUCCUCAUCAUCGUCGCCGAGGUUGUCUUCGUCGCCGCCCUCUCCGUCCUCGUCCUCACCCUGGCCCACAACUGGAAGCUCCGGUCCGCCAUUGUUGGCAGCAUUUGCAUGGCUGGUAACAUCAUGAUGUACGCUUCCCCCUUGGCUGUCAUGAAAUUGGUGAUCACGACAAAGAGCGUGGAGUACAUGCCAUUUUUCCUUUCCUUGUUUUCCUUCCUCAACGCCAUUAGCUGGACUUCCUACGCCUUCAUCCGCAUUGACCCCUACAUCCUGGCACCAAAUGGAAUGGGGGCUGUUCUUGGGCUGGCCCAGUUGAUCCUGUAUGCCAUGUUCUACAAGUCUACAAAGAGGAUAAUUGCAGCUCGAGAGGCCAAAGGAGAAGUUGGGCUGACCCAAAAGGGAGCAUCUGCAGACACCACCACCAAAGCAAUCCCAUAAUGAGCCUUUGAAGUGUUCGGCCCAAAUGUUUACUUAUUUCUAUUUUCAUUUCGCCGCCGUUGUGGUAGUUAAGAACUAAGGCAUUAAAACUUUUUAAAAUGAAAUGAAAAAUUGUAGGCAGGUAAGGAACUGUCUAUUCCUUUCUCUCAUUUUAUCUAUAAAAAAAAAUAGACAUGGUAUGAUGUCCCUUACCAUGCCUACUAAACAGGUUUGGGUACCUCAAUAAACAAACUUGAAGAUGUUCCAUGCUGGAAAAAUCUACAACAAAAAUGUCACUAGAUAACAAGAAAGUCAAAAGUCACAAAAGACAUACUUGUCGAGAGUACACGUGUCAUAGUGGAAUGAGAGAGCACACAAGUCAUGGUGGAAUGAAGAUGUUCAAAAAGCUGGGAAGAACAAAUUAGAGUUCUACACAAAAUUUAAAAAAGAAUUCAGAAAUGUGGAGGGUUGAGUACUCCGUAUUUGAUUGCAAGAAAAUAUAGAGAGCCGGUACACUAAAAUGAGGUACUUAAA